AAGAUCCCAAGAGGCGUCACAAAAGCCAUGUAUGGCAUAGGAAGGUCUUGGCCUGGAGGAUUGUUGUUUCACUUCCUGCAUCACUUCUCGGAGGUUGUCUCCAAAAAUAUCCCCCUGGAGAAGAGAAAGUUGGUAAGCACCAGCUCUAAAGGUGGAAACAUUUGCCGUCUUGCUACACAAGCGAGAGAACGAGAGCUCAUAACAUUUUCUACCACCUUUUCCUGCUCCCUUUCUGGUCUUGUGGACAGUUCCUCCUCCCAAAUUUGGAGCCUGCUCUCUUCAUCUGCCAAUGAAUAUCACCAACUCAACCGAAUGCCCAUCCCAAGAGCUGCAUCCAAUCAUCCCAGCCUUCCUGGGCAUCUUCUCUGUGGCCGGCUUGGUCUUCAAUGCCUUCAGUUUAUGGAUCUUCUGGUUUGCCCUCAAGCGCUGGAAUUCUAGCAUCAUGCUCCAGUUCAACCUCGCUUUGGUGGACACCAUGAUCCUUCCGGUCACUCCUUUGAUGGUGACCUAUUUCAGCAUGGGCAACGACUGGCCCUUUGGGGAGUUCCUCUGCCAGUUCGAAGCCUUCACCCUCAGCACCCACCUCUAUGGCAGCAUCUACUUCUUGACGCUCAUCAGCAUCCAUCGGUACCAAGUCAUUGUCCAUUACAAAGCCAAGACUCUUUGGAGAAGCAAGUCCUUCUUGAAGAAGCUCAUCAUGGCCUUCUGGACAAUCCUCCUCCUGCAAGGGCUUCCAAUCUUCUUCUUCCUGAAAACCUCAGUCAUCGACGGCAAGGUGAAGUGUCUCAGUAUCCACCAGACGGAGCUGUCUUAUGUCUUCUUGUUGUACGGCAUUGUCCUGGGGACCUUCUCCUUCUUCCUUCCCUUCAGCAUCUCCUUGGUCUCCUACAUGAUGCUGGGGUCCUAUAUUGGCAAAAUCAGCCCGGUUAAUCUCCAAGGCAGGGUCAUGAAGACCAAGUCCGUUCAGAUGAUUGUGGUCACCUUCCUGAUUUUCGCCAUCUGCUUCAUGCCGCUCCACGUCUUUCGGACAGCAGGUACCAUCGUGAAAUACUAUAACCAUUCCUGCAGGUUCCUCCACUAUGUUGAAGUUGCGUAUUACAUUUCGUUAGUCUUCACUACUGUAAACUGUUGCCUCGAUCCCUUCAUCUAUAACUUUUCCAAUGAGAGAUUUAGCAAGUCCUUCUCAACCUCCUUGAGAAGAUUGCUGUUUUCUAAAUGAAGGAGAUCCUAAAUGAAGGAGAUCUCCAUGGAAGCUUGUGACCAAAGAAAGAUCCUUUACUUUCCAUCUUCAACAUUUGCGAACAUUAUUUAAACCAGUGAUUCCCAACCUUCCUAAUGCCGUGACCCCUUAAUACAGUUCCUCAUGUUGUGGUGGCCCCCAACCAUGAAAUUAAUUACAACUAUAAUUUUGCUACUGUUAUGAAUCGUAACGUAAAUAUCUUGAUAUGCAGGAUGUAUUUUCAUUCACCGGAGCAAAUUUGGUACAAAUACCCAAUAUGGCCAAAUUUGAAUACUGUUGGGGUUGGAGAGAGGGAAUCGAUUUUGCCAUUUGGGAGUUGUCAUUGCUGGGAUUUAUAGCAGGGGUCCCCAAACUACGGUCCGCGGGCCACUUCCAGCCCGCCAAGGGCCCUUAUUCGGCCCGCGGAGGAGGAGCGCCCGCCCCCCCCCACACAGUGCCCCUCCCUUGGCAGGCCCAUGCUAUCCGUCAGGCCCGAUAGGCAUUGUGAGCCUGCCAAGGGCAGCUGCUCCGCAUGGCCUACU